AUGCCAGUUGAAGCUAUCAAAUACGUUACAAAGGUCGACUUGAGCAAGUCUGGCGACGAGCAACCCCAAGUCCAUAACAGAUGGCAUCCCGAUGUGCCAUUCACAGAGACGAUAAAGCCAGGGGAGGUGGUGAAGGCAGAGUGCCUUGACUGGACGGGGAAUCAGAUUGGAAAUAACGAUAGUGCUGACGAUUUACGCCAUGUGGACUUGACAAGGAUCCAUUACUUGUCUGGGCCAUAUAAUGUGGAGGGAGCUGAGCCUGGCGAUGCCUUGGUGGUUGAAAUAAAGGACGUGCAGCCUUUGGAGAGACAGCCUUGGGGGUACAGUGGUGUGUUCCAUAAGACUAAUGGCGGUGGGUUCUUGGACAGGUUCUAUGAACAAUGCGCCAAAGCUAUCUUUGACUUCAACGGUAUCCAUGCUACCUCGAGACAUAUUCCCCAUGUGAAGUUUACUGGGUUGGUUCAUCCAGGCAUCAUGGGAACAGCUCCAUCAGCAGAGGUGUUGAAAGAGUGGAAUACCAGAGAGAAGCUGUUGGUGGACGAGAUCCAGUCCCAACACGAUACUCCCGUUGCUCAAUUGCCAAAAACAGACGGAGCCAAUUGUGGUUCUGCAACAGGUAAACUCAAGGAUCUCAUUGCAAAAGAAGGUGCAAGAACGAUCCCUGGCAGACCAGAGCAUGGCGGUAAUUGUGAUAUCAAGAACCUUUCUCGUGGCUCCAAAUGCUACUUCCCAGUGUACGUCAAGGGCGCCAAGUUCUCCAUUGGAGACUUGCACUUCUCCCAGGGAGACGGCGAGAUUUCUUUCUGUGGUGCAAUUGAAAUGGCAGGCGUUGUCACUUUAUCGUUUUCUAUCAUCAAAGAUGGUAUAAAGAAGAUGGCAUUGAAGUCUCCUUUAUUUAUGCCUGGUGAUGUUCAGAACCAUUAUGGUCCUUCCAGGUUCCUAACCUUCGAAGGGUUCUCGGUCGACGAAAAGGGUAAGCAGCUCCAUUUGUGUGCAACAACAGCAUACCGUCAGGCAUGUAUCCGAGUCAUCGAGUACUUGAGAAGGUUUGGAUACAAUGACUACCAAAUCUAUAUCUUUUUGUCUUGUGCACCAAUUGAAGGACACUUGGCAGGUGUUGUGGACGUCCCCAACGCCUGUACGACAUUAGGGCUUCCAAUGGACGUUUUUGACUUUGAUGUCAGUCCAGAAGCAGAGAUUCAAAAGAGAGACAUGGGAAACUGUGCUUUCGUUCUGGGCUACGACCACCCAGUCCAUUUCGACUUUGACUCUAUCAGAGAGCAAAAAUAG